AUGUCUUUCCUCAAGAAAAAAUCACCCUCAAUAGUUCCUCUCAAAGAUUUGAGGCCGUCCAUGACUCAGGAAAUAAUCAAGGUUAUUAUACUAAAACUCUGGACAAAAAAAUCUAAAGAUGGAUACUACACAGAUAUGAUUUUGGUUGAUGAUCAGGGUGUACUUAUUCAUGCAACCGUAGAGAAAGAUGUGUUUGAAAAACUUGAUAAACUAUUAUUGAUAGAAGGUCAAUCGGUACUUAUUGAGGCUUUCAAAGUCGUCAAAUACCUUGGUGACUACAGGACAAAUACACAUCCUUUCAAGAUCAAUUUUUUCUGA